UAGAAACAUACGAGAGACACGGUAAGGGACGAAUGGAUAAUAAAGCUUGGACCGUCUUCUGCCUUUGUCACUGGUACUUUCCUCUGUCUGCAAAAGAUGCAACGAGUAUUUGCCAGAAAGGCUGUGUUAUCUGUCCGAACAGCUGUCUGUCAUGGCAGACUCUUCUCAACAUCAUAUGUGGCUUCUCAAAAGGUGCCCUUGAGUAAAUUUGAGCCAGACUCGCAUCUAAACUACCAACACUUAGAAGACAAUAUAAGAAUAGUUCGUGAUAGGCUCAACAGGCCAUUGACACUCUCUGAAAAAAUCCUCUAUUCCCAUCUGGAUGACCCAGCCAACCAGGUGGCCUAGGGGGUCUGUGUAUUGGUGUAGGUGGAGCUGAUGCUGUUGAUGUCAUGGCUGAUUUGCCAUGGGAACUUAAGUGCCCCAAGGUGAUAGGAGUGAACUUGACUGGAGAACUCAAGGGUUGGACAUCACCUAAAGACAUCAUCCUUAAAGUAGCUGGAAUCUUGACGGUUAAAGGAGGAACUGGUGCAAUUAUUGAAUAUUUUGGACCUGGUGUGGAUUCUAUCUCUUGUACAGGAAUGGGAACAAUUUGUAACAUGGGUGCAGAAAUUGGUGCCACAACAUCAGUAUUUCCAUACAAUCACCGUAUGGAGUCAUACCUCAAGGCAACUGGAAGAUCAGCAAUAGCUGACCUUGCCAACAAGCAUGCUGAAUUUUUAAAAUCUGACGGUGGGGCAGACUAUGAUCAAGUUGUGGAGAUGAAUCUCAGUGAACUUGAACCACAUGUGAAUGGUCCUUAUACACCUGACUUGGCUCAUCCCAUUUCCAAACUGGGGUCAACAGCAAAACAGAGUGGCUGGCCCAUGGACAUCAGAGUUGGUCUGAUUGGAAGUUGCACCAACAGUAGUUAUGAAGAUAUGACAAGAGCUGCUAGUAUUGCAAAACAAGCUCUUAAACAUGGACUGAAGUCCAGGUCAUUGUUUACUGUCACACCCGGAUCAGAACAAAUUCGUGCUACCAUUGAACGAGAUGGAAUUGCAGAGACACUGAGAGAAUUUGGAGGAACAGUGUUGGCAAAUGCAUGUGGACCUUGCAUUGGACAGUGGAAUAGACAAGACGUCAAGAAAGGAGAAGCAAAUACAAUAGUGACAUCUUACAACCGAAAUUUCACGGGACGUAAUGAUGCAAACCCAGCGACUCAUGCUUUUGUUACUUCACCAGAGAUGGUGACAGCAAUGUCUAUUGCUGGUGACUUGAGUUUUAACCCUGAAACUGACACUUUAACAGGCACAAACGGUGAAUCGUUUAAACUUGAAAGUCCCUAUGGUGAUGAACUACCCAACAAGGGUUUUGAUCCUGGUGAGGAUACAUACCAGGCCCCUCCAGCUGAUGGUUCAUCUGUUACCGUAGACGUUGAUCCUCAAAGCAAACGCCUUCAACUUCUAUCUCCUUUUGACAAGUGGAACAAGAAAGACCUCGAAGACUUGACGAUUUUGCUCAAGGUGAAGGGCAAGUGUACAACAGACCACAUCAGUGCCGCAGGUCCAUGGCUCAAGUAUAGAGGACACCUGGAUAAUAUUUCAAACAACAUGUUUAUUGGAGCCAUCAACAGUGAGAAUGACAAGGCUAACCAUGUGAAGAAUCUACUGACUGGAGAGUAUGGAGCCGUGCCCGACACCGCAAGGGACUACAAGUCCAAAGGAGUAAAAUGGGUUGUAGUUGGAGAUGAAAACUAUGGUGAAGGAAGCAGCAGGGAACAUGCUGCCCUGGAACCAAGGCAUCUUGGCGGACGAGCCAUUAUAGUCAAAAGCUUUGCUCGUAUCCACGAAACAAAUUUGAAGAAACAGGGACUUCUCCCCUUGACGUUUGCAAAUCCGUCAGAUUAUGACAAAGUUCAGCCUGAUGACAAGAUAUCUUUGCUUGGUUUGAAUGACCUUGCACCUGGCAAGCCUGUGAAGACUGUGCUGAAACACACGAAUGGAAGUCAAGAUGAGAUCCUGUUGAAUCACACCAUGAAUCAGUCACAGAUUGAGUGGUUUCGAGCCGGCUCGGCACUCAAUAGGAUGGCCGAAGUGUCUGCGGCAAAGUAGGCUCCGGGGAAAAUGCACUCCUGACUCACUAAUCGUAAGAUCAUCAGCCUUGUUUUGCAGCGCUUAAGCGCGGAAAUUAUUGAAUGCAGUGACUGAGAAAAAAAAGAUCAAGAUCCUUUAGCGAGAGUGAUGUUAAAAAAAUUUUAGUGUUGUUUUUGGUUUUCAAUGUAAAGCCAAAAUGUAGUCAAAAUCUUGGCUAUUUUUCUGAAUGAUGUAUUUAAUGGACAUUUUUUUAAGCUCAUUUGCUAGCUCGUCCUUAACAGAACUAUCUCAUUCCAUUUAGAGAUUGAAGACGGUUGAUUAAAAUCAGAUAUUAAAGAAAGAAACUUUUUGACGUU